AUGAUCACUCCCCGUUUUUCCUGUUCGCAAACAGAUGCGUUGGUGGUGGUCUCAAUUCAUUGCCCCUCAAUUCGGGCCGCGGAACUAGAGACCCACGUCGAAGAUACGCUAUUAACCGUCCACGUGAAUCCGUACUUCCUGCGUCUCAACUUCCCCGGCCGUGUCGUAGAGGACGAGCACUCUUCUGCGGAGUAUAACCCGAGCACCGGGCGUUUGACUAUAACAUUGACAAAGGAGGUGAAGGGAGAGGAAUUCAAGGACCUCGAUCUCCUUGCGAAGCUCCUAGCUCCUCCUGCGAGCAAGGUUCAGAGGCCCGCCCCGACCAUCGAGGUUCUGAGCUCCGACGGAGCCGAGGAUCCCGAAGACAACGAGCUUCUGGAGAAGACUCACGCGCUGAGUUUAGAGCAAAAAGAAAUAUUGAAAGGUCGUCUAGCUGCCGAAAAUGAUUGGCAUCUCCCUCAGACGGUCCCGGAGCCGCUUCCGCCGCUCGAGACGUCUACAAAAAGGCCUUACGGGUUCCUGAACAUGUACUCUGGCUACUUCGUGCAUGUCGAGCAUACUGAGAACGAAGUCAAUGAAUUGGGCGGAGAUGCCGAGACGUGUCUCCCCCACGAACGUCGAAGGCGCCGCAUCAAGCACGAGGAGGAGAAGUGGGAUGAAGAACACUAUAUAGCCGAUUACGCCGAAGACGAUUACAUCCAGGAGCUCAUUGCAUGGAAGCACCCGCACACAGCUCUUCCGGAUGAAUCCUUUUCUUACUCCGAUGAUGAACAGCUUAUGAUGCUCCGUCUGCCUCGGAAAGAGUAUCUGGCGACAGAGGCUCAGACUCAAUGUCUGUAUUUGACUCUGCUGACGCUAUUGUUCAGCUAUGCCUAUGAAUCACGUACGACGCAGCACGACCCGACGCCUGAGAGCGCCUGGACAAUUUGCUCGCUCACGCCUGCCUUCUCCGCGCUCGAUCCACCUCCUUACUGCGCCACCCCAGCUGAGCCACCAGCGGAUGUCCAUUCGCCAUACUUUGCAGACGCAAUGUUAGCGACGACUUUUGCUGCAUUGUACCGCCGGUCCCUUGCCUUUCCCCUGUACCGGUCUUGGGCUCUGGCAGAAGCGUGUCGCUCAGACGUCGCGUCCUUCCUAUCAGGGGGCAAACGAGUCGUGACGAGAUGCUUGCUUGAGAUGAAGCACAUACUGGACCAUCACGACGUCUACUAUGUCUACAGCAAAAUAUGGGUGGAUGAUUUCUGUACAUGGGUGCAGGCUUAUGCAAGUGAUGACGUCCUGAAGGACCUCGGCAACCGAGUAGAACUGCUGCAUAUGGAGAAAGCUAUGAUUGGAUGGGAUCUGGAGGAGCUGGAGGACGCAGUCCGGGAGGCGAGAGGCCGUGAACCCGACAGCGACGAUGAGAGCCUUGAGUAGGCAGGAACGACGUUCCAGUAGUGACAUAAGUUGUCUGGGC